AUGACCCUCCAAGAAAAAGGCGACAACACCCCAAUAGCCUACCAAGGCCCGAAACUCCCCAACGUCCCCGAAGACAUCGUAGUAACAGACGCAAUGGACCUGAACUGCGACGAACGCCUCUGGGUCCCUCAGGCACCAGACGUCUGGUUCCGACCGCUAUGCCUGAACGUCUCGCAGGGGUACUUUGUGAACAUCCUGCGCGUGCGCAAAAACGGCAUCCUCUCCCGUCACCGACAUACGGGACCCGUGCACGCGACUGUGCUGCGCGGUCGCUGGCAUUAUCUGGAGCAUGACUGGUGGGCCGAGGAAGGCGGCUAUGCGUUUGAGCCGCCAGGCGAUAUUCAUACGCUCGAGGUUCCUGAGGGUGUGGAGGAGAUGGUGACGUUGUUUCAUGUUACUGGGGCUUAUAUCUAUGUGGAUGCGCAGGGCGCGGCGCUGGGUGUGGAGGAUGUGUUUAGUAAGUUGAUGGCGGCGAGGAAGCAUUAUGAGGAUGUUGGGCUUGGGGCUGGGUUUGUGGAUCAGUUUGUGAGAUAG